CCGCCUCACAUUGGAUGCUUUUGCGCCGAAUUCAAAAGGGAAGAGGGAAGACUUUCUGUGCAUUACUGGACACUUUUUGUUUUAGCCCCACAACGCCGGAGAGAUCGCAGAAGCACACGAAAAAACAAAGGACGAAACAUUUAAAAAAAGCAUUAAGAUAACGCCAGCAUGAAGUGCCCACAGUAUGACAUAGCCAUGGUCAGGAAGAACAUGGACAAAGGUUCCCCAGAGAAGUCCUUGGACCUCCAUGUUAAAGAGUCCCCUUCCAAAGAACCCCGGGCCCUUAAACCCCAGUGUCCCCCCGGUGAUAAACUGUCCAUCGUGCACGACGACACAGUCGGAGUGGUCUACGGCAAAGAAAACCAAACCCUGAGAGAGCAUGCAAGGACCUUGGAGGACAGCGGCUACCUGUCCUUGCACACUAGCCAAAUUGAGGAAGAACACGACCACGGCCAUGCAAGGCUGCCCAAAACCCCACUGCAACCUCCUUUGCUCCCAUCGCCCAAAAAGUCACCUAUUGGCACCAAUUCCAACUGCCGCCUGACGGUGGUGACCGCUUCCACCCCGGUGGAACGCAGCGGGCGCAAAGCACUGACCCGCUCUUUGUGGUCCACCCCGUCAGAGCACCACGGCAGCCCCAACCUGCCCAUCGUAAAGUUCCAGCAGGCCGUAUGCGAAGAGCUCGCCAAGAGUUAUAACAAGACAAAGAGGUACGACUGGAGCGUCAUCUCCAAGGUGGCCGAGGAUCACUUCUUGCAUCAGGUGAUCGGGCGCCAGAUGGGCCUGGAGUACGUGGACGUUUUUUCAUCUCUUCUGUCCAAGAACAUGAAAAGCAUCCUCGCCAACAUCCUGGCUCUGCUCGGAGACCUGGACCUCAUCAGCUGCAGGAAGGUGAGCAGGACAUGGAGGAAGAUCAUCUGUGAAGACAGUGCUGCUCUGAGAAGGCUUGCGCAAGCUGAGCAGACACUUCAGGAGUCCAUUAGCUCCUCAAAGCUAAAGAAUUGCGGUCUGACGAGGGACCUGAGCAUGUCCAGGGUGGUGAUGUCCUGCAUGCAGAAAGUAGCCUCCCCACAUUCUUCGUCUUCCUUGUCGACAAGCUGUGGCGUCAACAGACGGACAACCCCUGAACAGAAAGGCAGCAAGUCUACCUCACAGUGUUCUCGCUUCGACGAAUUCAUGAAGGCGGGCAGCAGUCUCAAGCAGUGCCAGUCUUUGCGGCGAUGCAACAAGUGCGGGUCGCCGGCCAUGCACUCUGCCGAGGUCCAGCGGGCCACGUGCAUGAGGUCGUCCUGUCAGUUCGACUUCUGCACAAACUGCCAGGGGGCUUUCCACGGCUCCACCCCGUGCAGGGCAGCGUUUCCUCGAUCCCGCUUCGACACCUCCAAGAGCACCCCCGUCCUCCCGGGCAGCGCACAGAGCAAGAGGAACGUCAGGAGGUUGUGAUGGUUUCCUUGGCUUUUAUUUUGAAAAGUCCUGUUGACAAAAAGACUGUUUUAAACAGUGGAGUCGUUUUUCCGCUCUAUUUGAAACAAUGCUGUUGGACUCAGACCUCUGUGGUUUGCUCGACUGAAUGAACUGAAGCACUUGCUCUGAAACAGGACAAUCCGCCCGGCGACUGGGUUUAAAACACACUGUUGUUGCCGUGGACACCAAAAAUAACAAAGGAAUGCUCACACUUUAAAAUGUAAAUAUUUAAAUGGUUUUAAUAAUGCAAUGAUUGUAAAUAUUUCCCUUUUUUUUUCUAUUGUUUUUUAAAUAAAUCCUGUCCUUUUUUUUUUUUUAAGAAUGUGUGUUUAAAAUUUUACUGUACUCUUUGUAUUGACAUUCCCUCAUAAAAUAUCUAUCAAAACAGA